AUGACAGAGGGACCCAAGAAAGCCAGCAGAAAGUUCAAGUUCUUCAAGUUUAAGGGCUUUGGGAGUCUUUCGAACCUCCCUCGGUCCUUCACCCUGAAAAGAUCCUCAACCUCCAGCAGUAUCGAGUCCCAUCUGGAGCCUGACACCUUUGAGGCUACACAGGAUGACAUGGUGACUGUCCCCAAAAGCCCCCCUGCCUAUGCCCGCUCCAGCGACAUGUACAGCCACAUGGGCACUAUGCCUCGCCUCAGCAUCAAGAAGGCUCGAGACCCACAGGCUACCCACAAGACCAAGGAGGUGGGCCUUGAACCCCACUUAGUGGCCCAAGGUCUGCCCAACCCUCCAGGCUUGGAGGCAGCCAAGGAGGUGGUGGUGGAGACCAAGCCCCCCCUGGAGGACACCCCAGCAGUGGGACCCAACCCUUCUGCAAUGAGCCCCACAGAAAAGCCUAAGGAUCCCAGGGCAGACAGAAAAGAAGAAAGAGACCCCAGGAAUGUGCCUCCAGAAAGGGUUGCUGGAGAGCCAGAGGCUGGCGGGGACUACGUGAAGUUCUCCAAGGAGAAGUACAUCCUGGAUUCCUCGCCUGAGAAACUGCACAAGGAGUUGGAAGAGGAACUCAAACUCAGUAGCACAGACCUCCGCAGCCAUGCCUGGUACCACGGCCGCAUCCCCCGCGAGGUGUCAGAGACCCUGGUGCAGCGCAACGGUGACUUCCUCAUCCGGGACUCUCUCACCAGCCUGGGUGACUAUGUGCUCACAUGCCGCUGGCGCAACCAGGCCUUGCACUUCAAAAUCAACAAGGUAGUGGUGAAGGCCGGUGAGAGCUACACCCACAUCCAGUACCUGUUUGAGCAGGAGAGCUUCGACCACGUGCCUGCCCUUGUGCGCUAUCACGUGGGCAGCCGCAAGGCCGUGUCGGAGCAGAGCGGAGCCAUCAUCUACUGCCCUGUCAACCGCACCUUCCCGCUGCGCUACCUGGAGGCCUGCUAUGGCCUGGGCCAGGGCAGCAGCAAGGCCGCCAGCCCCGCCAGCCCCUCGGGCCCCAAGGGCGGCCACAUGAAGCGGCGCAGCGUCACCAUGACCGACGGGCUCACCGCCGACAAGGUCACCCGCAGCAGCGAUGGCUGCCCUGCCAGCACAUCACUGCCUCACCCCCGGGAAUCUAUCCGCAACUGUGCCCUCAGCAUGGACCAGAUCCCAGACCUGCACUCACCCAUGUCACCCAUCUCUGAGAGUCCCAGCUCCCCCGCCUACAGUACUGUGACCCGUGUCCACGCCACCUCUGCAGCUCCCUCAGCCACAGCGCUGCCUGCCUCCCCCGUCACCCGCCGCUCCAGUGAACCCCAGCUGUGUCCCGGAAGUACCCCAAAGCCGCCUGGGGAGUCGGACAAGGGUCCUUAUGCCAGCCCCUCCCACACGCUCUGCAAGGCCUCCCCAUCGCCAUCACUCAGCAGCUACAGUGACCCGGACUCUGGCCAUUACUGCCAGCUCCAGCCUCCUGUUCGUGGCAGCCGAGAGUGGGCAAUGGCUGAGGCCUCUGGCCGGCAGGCCAGAAGCUAUGGAGAGAGGUUAAAGGAACUGUCAGAGAAUGGGGCGUCAGAGGGGGACUGGGGCAGGGCCUUCACAGCCCCCGUUGUGGAAGCCACCUCUUCCUUCAACCCAGCCACCUUCCAGUCACUACUGAUCCCCAAGGAUAACCGGCCACUGGAGGUGGGCCUCCUGCGCAAGGUCAAGGAGCUGCUAGCAGAGGUGGAUGCCCGGACGCUGGCCCGGCACGUCACCAAGGUUGACUGUCUGGUUGCUAGGAUACUGGGCGUUACCAAGGAGAUGCAGACCCUAAUGGGAGUCCGCUGGGGCAUGGAGCUGCUCACCCUCCCCCAUGGCCGGCAGCUACGACUAGACCUGCUGGAAAGGUUCCACACCAUGUCCAUCAUGCUGGCCGUGGACAUCCUGGGCUGCACGGGCUCCGCCGAGGAGCGGGCAGCGCUUCUGCACAAGACCAUCCAGCUGGCAGCUGAACUUCGGGGGACGAUGGGCAACAUGUUCAGCUUCGCUGCGGUCAUGGGCGCCCUGGAUAUGGCCCAGAUUGCCCGGCUGGAGCAGACAUGGGUCACGCUUCGGCAGCGAUACACGGAGGGUGCCAUCCUCUAUGAGAAGAAGCUCAAGCCAUUUCUGAAGAGCCUCAACGAGGGCAAAGAAGGCCCGCCGCUGAGCAACACCACGUUCCCCCAUGUGCUGCCACUCAUCACUCUGCUGGAGUGUGACUCAGCCCCUGCCGAGGGCCCUGAGCCCUGGGGCAGCACAGAACACGGCGUAGAGGUGGUGCUGGCCCACCUGGAGGCUGCCCGCACGGUGGCGCACCAUGGAGGCCUGUAUCACACCAACGCUGAGGUCAAGCUGCAAGGGUUCCAGGCCCGGCCAGAGCUUCUGGAGGUGUUCAGCACAGAGUUCCAGAUGCGCCUCCUCUGGGGCAGCCAGGGCGCCAGCAGCAACCAGGCCCGGCGCUAUGAGAAGUUUGACAAGGUUCUCACAGCCCUGUCCCACAAACUGGAGCCUGCUGUCCGCUCCAGCGAGCUGUGACCCCCGUGGACCUCUCCCCAGAGCACCCCAGAGACACUGUGAUCAGCUCGAGAAUGUUCUCGGCCCAAACCAGGAUCUCCCUUGCACCUCCAGGGUCCUGCAUGGACCCCGGGCUCCAUCCCACCUACUAUAUGCCCACCAAGUCUCCCUUCAGGAAGCACCAAAACCCUGUUCCUCCCUCCAGCUUUUGCUUCUCCCCUUCCUGCUGAGGUGCCCCGUGUCCGAGCCAUGGGAGGCUUCCUCACACCUCCUCUUUCUUUGGGCGUCUGCCCUCAACGGACACCAAGGCCUCCACCUGGUUGUAAAUAUGUCUGUCUGUUCUGUAAAUAGAUGUACAGAGGCCAUGUUCUUUCUUUCAUAUAAUAAACUUUUAUGACUCUUU